AUGCUCUUCCAAGCUGUCCUGAUCGCCACCGGCGUCUGGAGCGUCCUGGCUCCAUGCUACGCCCUCGAGGCCGAGACUCGCGCCCCCGGACCUGGCCGGCUGGCCGUCUACUGGGGCUCGGAAUCCGGUAGCACCACCCUCGACGACGUCUGCAGCGAUAGCUCCUAUAACAUCGUCAACCUGGCAUUCCUCAACUACUUCUUCAGCGCCGGCGGCUAUCCCGCCACCUCAAUUGGCGACCUCGGGGGCCCUUCCACUGCGCAACGCGAGGCUGGAGCGACCGGCCUGCAGGACGGCUCAUCGUUGAUCUCUGCGAUGAAGGCGUGUCAGUCUGCUGGCAAGCUUCUCUUUCUCUCCCUCGGCGGAGCCAACAGCUACGCUGAUGUGACGCUCGACAGUGACGCGCAGGGCGAGCAGAUGGCAGACACGCUGUGGAACCUGUUCCUCGGAGGGGACAGUGCACUUCGGCCGUUUGGCGACGUCAAGCUUGAUGGCAUUGAUCUUGACAACGAAUCGAGCGACCACACAGGCUAUCUCGCCAUGAUCCGACGUCUCCGCUCGCACUACAGCUCCGACAGCAGCAAGGCGUACUACCUCUCCGCCGCGCCGCGCUGCUCCUUCCGCGAAGCCUCGCAGUGGCUCGACGUAUACCGCCAGGCGGACCUCGUGUGGGUGCAGUUCUACGGCUGCGGGCAGUCGAGCGUCGCGCAGCGCAGCUUCGCGGAGGCCGUCGCGAACUGGGCCGGGGGCAUCGGCGGAGCGCAGCUCUUCAUCGGGGCGCUGGCCAGCGGCGACGACGACACCGGGGACACGGCGGGCUAUGUGGACGCGAACACGCUGGUCGCGUCUGUCCAGAGCGUCAAGGGGAUGGGGUUGGGGAACUAUGGGGGCGUGAUGCUGUGGGAUGCGCAGCUGGCGGUCGAUAAUGGGAAUUAUCAGAAGCAAAUUGCAGGGAGUGUGUAA